AUGAGCUUCAUUCAACGAAUCACGAAACGGCUGCCCAGCGCGCCGAGUCUGCCGUUGGAAGAUGCCUCCCAUGAGAAAGGCCGCCUCCAUCCCAGGUUCGCUUUCUUCCGGCGGCGGAUCCGUCUGAAGGGCAACUCGUCUAUUUCUAUACCCCUGGGCUUUGUUUUACUAUUUCCAUGCCUUGUAAUAGUUCUUAUUCUGCUUCUUUUCGUCCGUCAUCCUUCGUCUCCCGGGGGGAUCUUAAUUCCAGCGGGCACUCCGCCUUCUAUCCGGAAAAUCAGCGAAAAGUAUGAUAAAGUAUUCGCUACGGGCUGUAUGCCUAUCGAUCCUCCGGAAAUCGAAAAGGCUCCCCGCGCCAAUGCCGCCUUCGUCGUCCUUGCCAGAAAUAAGGAGUUGGACGGUGUCAUUCAAUCUCUCAAAUCGAUUGAGCGGCACUUCAACCGCUGGUGGCACUACCCCUAUGUCUUCUUGAACGAUGGUGACUUCGACGACGAGUUCAUUGCCACGGUUAAGAACUACACCAGUGCACCCGUGGAGUUCGGCAAGAUCGAUAACAGCAUGUGGGGAUUCCCUGAUUGGGUAGACCAUGAGGUUGCGAAGGAAGGCAUUCGGAAGCAAGGUGAUGCCGCUAUCAUGUACGGUGGCAUGGAAAGUUAUCACCACAUGUGCCGAUUCUACUCGGGACACUUCUACAAGCACCCUCUCCUGAUGAAGUACGAGUGGUACUGGCGUUUGGAGCCCGAGAUCAAGUACUUCUGUGACAUCACCUAUGAUCCCUUCCUCGAGAUGGCCAAGGCGAACAAGACCUACGGUUUCACUAUUGCAGUGAAGGAGCUUCGAGAGACGGUUCCGAACAUCUUCCGGUACGCGGCUGCUUACAAGCGCAAGAACAACCUCAAGUCCAAGGGUCUUUGGGAGAUGUUCUUGGAGCCCAAACCCGAAACUCCUCCCGAAGAGAAGCAGCAGGACAAGCUACCCGAUGAAAUUCUCCAAACCGAUCCCGGUGACAACAACCUGAAGGACGUCGACCCAGAGGCCAUGGAAGGCGAGAGCUACAACAUGUGCCAUUUCUGGAGUAACUUCGAGAUUGCCCGUCUGGAUUGGUUCCGCAGCAAGGAAUACGAGGACUUCUUUACCAUGAUGGACAGGAGUGGUGGAUUCUGGAACGAACGGUGGGGUGAUGCGCCCAUCCACUCUCUCGCCGCCGGUGCCCUUCUUGCGCCUAGUGAUAUUCAUUACUUCCGUGACUUUGGUUACCGCCACACCACAAUCCAACAUUGCCCAGCCAACGCCCCGGCCCGUCAAUUGCCCCGUAUCCCAUACCUCGAGAAGACCACCGAUGAUGAAAAGAAACGCAUCGAGGAGGACGAGUAUUGGGCAGCCCCUGACCAGGUCAAGGAGAACGGUGUCGGCUGCCGAUGCCGCUGUGACACUGACAUUGUCGACGUCGAAGGCAAGCAAGGAAGCUGUCUCAAUGAAUGGGUUGACGUGGCUGGCGGCUGGGCUUCACCAUAG